AUGAGAUGCUCGAGGGCGUCCCCCGAGGAGAGGACGGCGGAGCUCGAACAGGAGCUCGUCACCCUGCAGCGGCAGCUCGAGUACCAGGAUAGCAAGAUGCACAAGGCCUUGGAUGAAGAGGCCGCGGUCCUGUUUAGGGAGCCACGGCCUCUCAAGGAUUCCUUUUGGUUCGACGAGGACGACGACGAUCCCAUGACGCACGACGUGGAGGGCGAGAACUUUGACGAAGACGAUAUCACGUCCAUGGCACACGGCAAGUUGGAUGAAUUGAGAGAGUACAGACACUACGCAAGGAUUGUGGCGUGGGAAAUGCCACUUUUGUCGAGUGGUGGUCACGUUCUGUCCCCUGAUUUGGGGCUUACGCCCGCACAGGAGCUCAAGCUCAAGAAACUCGCGGGCGCGAGGUACAACCCCGAGAAGGACGAGAUCAAGAUGAGCUGCGAGAGCUUCGACCAUCAGGCGCAGAACAAGCGAUACCUUCGCGACCAGGCGAACAAGCUCAUCGAGGCGGCCAAGCCCAAGUUCCCCGUGGAAUGGCGCAUGACGGAAGAGCGUCGUCGCGAACUUGAUCAGAUUCGCGCGCGUUCUGUCGCGAAGGACCUCAAGGUCGGGGAGAAGGGCAAGCUUAUCGACGGCAGCGCUGUUGUCCAAGCGGUUCUGUCCGAGCCGGCCCCGGAGCGGAGCGGUGCGCGGGAGGCCGUCCCGGAGAUGCAGCAGCAGAGCGAGAAUGCAUUCGACGAGGUCAGCCCCGCAACCGGACCUACAGGCUUGCGCCCUUGCAUUCUCCGCUAA